AUGACCCCGAACCACAUCCGAGCCCACCCACAGGACUCGAGGCAGGGCUACGUCACCGUGCACACGUCCGCCUCCUCCUACCUCCCCGGACAGCUAGUGACAGUGACCGUCCGAAGCUCUCGGGACUUCAUGGGCUUCCUGCUCCAGGCUCGCAGUGUGGGGGACCCGGUUCUUCUGGGGGGCAGCUGGGCUCUUACGCCCCCUGGAGCUCACACCCUGCACUGCCUCUCGGAGGACGACACAGUCACACACUCCGACAAACAGCUGAAGAGAAACCUGUCGUUUGUGUGGAGAGCUCCCGACACGCCGAUUGGAGACGUACGAUUCUACAUUACCGUGGUGCAGUCCUACUUUGUGUAUUGGGCGGGUAUCAAAUCUGCAGUGUUGCAUGAUGGGAGUGUGAUGAAGAAAGCAAAGGCAACCUUCACCAUCCCAGAGAAGGAAGGGAAGUACCCGGAGAUCGUUCCUCGACACAGCGACUGGGAGCUGGGCAUGCUGCUGGGCUGCUCGGCCGGCCUGGGCAUGGCGCUGGUAGUCGCCGUGAGAUACGUGUACCGCAAGGCCUGCGGCAAACAGACCCAGGUGACGCUGAACGACCGGGAGCGAGAGUACCCCAGAGGGGACCGGGGUCUGAUCCACGUCCAGGAGUGUGGAGAUCUGGUCCGAGUCCGGAAGUUCCGCGAGAACAGCUUCGUGCUUCUGGCAGAGUACGACAUCCUCGCUACGCCCACAGACUGA